CUCAUCCCUGCUGUUACUCACUCACCGCCUCUCUGUCAGCCAUUCUCAAGGUUACUUUAGUUCAUUGGGAGUGUCUUAUUGUACCACGUGAUCCUGAUGCAAAGUUACUCCAUGUCAAAGCUGCGCUCAGCUGCAGGGAUAGGGUGAUGUGCCGUGGGACAAAAUAACACAGCUUCUUUUAAAAUCAGACUAAAUAUGUAAUGUUUAAAAAUAUACACGAAAAUACGCAGAUAGCCUACAGGUUUUAUUUACAAAAAACAUUUAAAACUCAUUUAAAAAGCCUAUUUUUUAAAGGAUAGCAAUUAAAGGCUCGAAUCCAUAGCAUGGCUAUUAGAAACAAUUUGACAGAAUAUUAUUAUUAUUCAAUAAUAAAUAUUAAAACUAAAUGAAGGUUUUGUUCAUACGCAUGCAUAUAGAAUAGACAUUUCAUCCCCAGUAACCUUGGCGUCGAUCGCAUCUUCCUUCCGACCCAUAAGCCCUUUCAUUUCAGCAGGGGUGUCUGCCAUUGCGCAGCAGCCAACUAGGUGAAGGUGGAAAGAUCCACCAGGAGGAAGGAUGCUUCAAUAGGCUAGGGUUUGUUUCUUCAGUGCGCUCCACAUUUAAAAACCCACUGGACGCCAUCUCCUGCCCAGCUCCCCCACUGUGGUCUGCCUCAGAUAUAUUGUUGCCCCCCCUCCUUAAUCUCCCAGAUUGUCGGCGACUUGCUGCAGUCGAUGCUGCAGUUCUGAGCCGCUCCUGCACCGGCACAGCUGACUCAAUGAGAAAGACAUGCUCGCAUUCGUUUUGGUCUCUGGGUCGCUCUGGAUUAUAUUAGAGCUGAGUUCCACCCUGAUGGAGAAGAUGCAGGCCAAGGAGAUGAUGAGCGGCCUGAGGUUACCGGAGAUGGACGAGCUGGGGCAGUUCUUUCGCUCCCUGCCGACCUCCACGCUGGUGGGCAUCGGCGCUCUGACUGCCGUGAUGGCAUACUGGUUGGCCACCAGACCCCGCCCCAUCAAGCCUCCCUGCAGCCUGCUGCACCAGUCAGAGGAGGUGCCGAAUGAAGAUGGAGGCCGCAGGUCUAUGAUGGGUGACAGCUCCAAGCUGCUGACUCAUUACCAUGAUGAUGCCAGGACCAUGUACGAGGUCUUCCAGAGAGGCCUUCACAUAUCUGGUGAUGGACCAUGCCUAGGCUCACGUCUCCCUAACCAGCCUUACAAAUGGAUAUCCUACAAAGAGGUGACGGCCCGGGCUGAGCAUCUGGGUUCAGGCCUUCUGCACCAGGGCUGCCAGCCCGACCCCAACCAGUUCAUUGGAGUGUUCGCCCAGAACAGGCCAGAGUGGAUCAUCUCAGAGCUAGCUUGCUACACCUACUCCAUGGUGGUGGUUCCCCUUUAUGACACACUGGGCCCAGACGCCAUACGGUUCAUCAUUAACACUGCUGACAUCUCUACAGUCAUCUGUGAUAAAGUAGAGAAAGCUCAGGUACUUCUGGAGAACGUGGAGCGGAAGGAGACUCCGAACCUGCAAAGAAUCAUUCUAAUGGAUGAAUUUGACUCCGCCCUCGUGGAGCACGGAAAUCGAUGCGGCGUCCACAUCCAGGCAAUGCAGGAAGUUGAGGCUUUGGGCAGAGAGAACCACAGAAAACCUAUACCACCAGCGCCAGACGAUUUGUCAAUUGUGUGUUUCACCAGUGGAACCACAGGAAAUCCAAAGGGAGUUAUGCUCACCCAUGGGAACGUGGUGGCAGAUUUCUCAGGCUUCCUUAAAGUAACAGACAAAGUCAUUUUUCCCAACCAAGAUGAUUGUCUCAUUUCCUUUCUGCCACUGGCUCACAUGUUCGAGAGGCUCAUUGAGUCUGUGGUGUACUGCCAUGGAGGACGGAUCGGGUUCUAUCAGGGUGACAUCCGUCUCCUCCCAGAUGACAUGAAGGCCCUGCGACCGACCAUCUUCCCUGUGGUGCCUCGACUGCUCAACCGCAUGUAUGACAAGAUCUUCAGCCAGGCUAACAGUCCGUUGAAGCGCUGGCUGCUCAACUUUGCUGCUAAGAGAAAAGGUGCUGAAGUCAGCAGGGGGAUCAUUCGCAGUGACAGCAUCUGGGACAAAAUCUUCUUCAGUAAGAUUCAGGCCAGCCUCGGAGGGAGACUGAGGAUGAUAAUAACAGGAGCGGCUCCUACCUCGCCCACUGUCCUGGGAUUUCUCAGAGCAGCUCUGGGUUGCCAGGUGUACGAGGCGUACGGCCAGACAGAGUGCACAGCUGGCUGCACCUAUACCACACCUGGAGACUGGACUCCAGGUCAUGUUGGGGCCCCGCUGCCGUGUAACCUCAUCAAAAUGGUGGAUGUUCCUGAGAAGAACUACUUUGCCUCUAAGGGAGAGGGAGAGGUUUGUGUGAAGGGACCAAACGUGUUUAAGGGCUACCUCAAAGACCCAGAGAGGACGGCCGAGACGCUGGACGCAGAUGGCUGGCUUCACACAGGAGACAUCGGCAAAUGGUUGCCUAAUGGCACACUGAAGAUCAUUGACAGGAAGAAGCACAUCUUCAAGUUGGCGCAGGGCGAGUACAUCUCCCCAGAGAAGAUCGAAAACAUCUACAUCAGGAGCGAGCCUGUGGCACAGCUCUAUGUUCAUGGAGAUAGCCUGCAGUCCUGUUUGGUGGGAAUUGUUGUUCCUGACCCUGAAGUCAUGCCAGAAUGGGCCAAGAAACAAGGCAUAUAUGGCACCUAUAAGGACCUCUGUAAAAACACGGAAUUAAAGAAGGCGAUCCUUAAAGAUUUGGUGAAUCUGGGCAAGGCCAGUGGCCUCCACUCUUUUGAGCAGGUGAAGAACAUCUACAUCCACAAUGAGAUGUUUUCCAUUGUAAACGGCCUCCUGACUCCAACACUAAAGGCCAAGAGACCGGAGCUGAAGGAGUACUUCAAGGAGAAGAUCGACCGGCUCUAUAGCAGCAUCUCUAUGUGAAGGCCGGCAGAACUCAUUUUCCUUCAAGCAUCUUAACACAAAGAUCAGCUUUGACCUGCAGUAGGACAAAGAUGUGUCACCCUGGGCUUAAAAUGCUUUGGGGAAAAAAAAACAGGCCCUUGUUUGGAAGAUUUAAAAUGCCUAAAUGAAAAAAGAAAUAAUGUGAAAUACAAUACAAAUUGUUACAUGUUAUUCAGAAAAAAAUAGUUUUUAGUCUGCCAACUGAAUUAUUUUUCAUUGUGACGAUGACUUUUCUAUGCAGAAUUUAAACAAAAACAAAACAAACAAAAAAUAAACCGAAGUGGUGCAUUUCUAUGUUGUCCAGCAGAUGGUAGUAUAAACCUGCCACCACUAAAAACAAAGCAGUGUCAUUUUUGUUCAGCAGAAAUAAAAUGGAGUUGUCCAGUCAAGUGCGGGUGGUGAGAGAGACACUACUUAAGAUGUUUAACUUUAAUUUUUUAUUUAUGACUAAAAGCAUAGAGAAAAAUGAAAUGCAUAUUACAACGUGUAUUGUAAUUCACUUUAAUUCUUUGUUUCAUUUGUUUUAAUUUAGGCAUGUGGUAUCUUCUAUAUAUUGCUACCUGCUAUUCACCCAACCACACCAUCAACUGCUCUGUCCCAAGCACCAAAAGUCAUCAACACUUUUAUUUUGAGCGAUCCACUUCUACUUCCUGUCAAUCUGCUUCUCCUCUCUUCUCUAUUAGUUUAAACCCACCAGCCAGACACACCUAAAUCCACAGUUGUACGACAGCAAGCGUGAUGUCUUUGUGUAUAGUGUAGCUCAAGGAGAUGUCUUGCUGAUUACUUGUGUGACAGUAAUGGACUUCAUCCAAGUGGAAAACAGUAGAUUUUCCUUUAAUCGAAAAAGCUGCUGACAGUAGUACCACUGUUGUCCCCUGAUCUAGCACAGCAAAGAUUAAACUGUCAACCCAGAGAUUGUGCAAUUUGACCAAAACUGCAGCCUCGUGUAUGAGGUCAGAAUUAAAAUAAGGUAGAGAGAGUAGCAGCUUCUGCCUUACAAAUCAUUGCUGUCUACACUGCUCCAUGUAGAGCAUCUCAAUGUUUGAGCCA